GGACGAAUUGCGAAAGGUUAUCAUGAUGCGAACUUCUAGAAGUUGUGGAAGAAGCUAAGUAUAAAUAUGAGUAUGGAAGUCCAUGUUGUUGCACGGAAUUAGAUAUUCAAGCAAAAUAGAAUAUAUCAGCUUUUUCUACCCAAAUCCAACCUUCCGAGUCACUUGUACAUUUAAACCAACAGUUAAUUCAUCCAACUAUACGCCGAGGUUUCGAUAUCAACGGCAACAAUGGUUCGCGCAAUGCAGUUUGUCGCGGCUCUCAGCCUUACCACUGGCAUCUCAGCUAGUCAAAUCGAGGUAUGUUCCAACACAGCGAAAUUCGCGUAUGAUGAGUAGCUAAUCUAUAACCGUAGGAACGCGACUCUUGCCCAUCCGGUUUCACUCACAUGGCCGGGCUCGCACUUAUCGGAGGUACAUUCGACGUAUGCUGUCCCGGAAAAUCGGUCGAGGUCGACAAUGUCGCAUACUGCUGUGUGGGGAAUAAGGACGAUAAUGACAACAAGAAAAGAAAAAUUUGCAUUGGUAGUUCGGACAACUGUGAUGUCGAAGACAGCAAGACGGCUACCUGUGUGACGGCAGUACCCGCAACAGCUAACGACUUUUCGAAUCGGGUAUCGCAGGCUACGGCGACUAUGACGGGUCAGAUCCUCCCGACUGACAAUGCGGCCCCCGCGAUGAUCACUGCUGCGCCGUGGGCUCCUUGGGUAGCCGUGGCCGGUGGUGCGAUGGCAAACGCUGCUCUAUUUGUAUAAGAUGCGACUACUUAGAAAUGUGUUAUGAACUGUGGUAAUUAGUUGGACGGCUUGACUGUAUGUCUGUACAUAUAUACAUGUUCGCGUUGUAUAAUGGAUUGUAGACGACGUUUCAAUUUAAUGGCUGUAGACUUGGGGGCUUCUAGUUUCGAGUUGGAUCAAUUCUGUUAUUUCAAAUUAGGUAGCAUAUCAACUGUUAAUCCUUUCGCAAAUAUUCAACACCAAUCUAUGCGGUGUCUCGUCCGAAAAAAGAGCGUCAUAGUAGAAAAUGCAGCAUGCUGAGAGAUGAAGGGGUUGAAAAGGAAAG